CUUGGGUGUAUAAGCUAACAACGCUUUAGUACUGCUUACUGCUUCGUCUUGUAGAGUUGAUUAUUGUGUUGUUUGUGAUUACCAAAAGUAUUUUCAAGUUUUAUCUCUUAAAUAAGAGAUUCAUCGAAGAAUCAUUGUGUAAGCAUCUAAACGACAACUGAUAAUCAUUGAAGAUUCAUAUAAAAAAUUAAGAAUCGUUGUACUCGUUCUUUAUCUUAUCGGAAAACGUUGAGAUCAGAAAAAUGCCAUUUACAGCGGACGCAGCAGCCGCACAGAUCCAGGAGCGUCUCCGAAAUGUGUAUCAGUUAGUUCAUGAUAUCGAGGCACAAAGGAGUAGAUCGGAACACAAUUUAAAUAAUAUUGUGAAAACUCACGAAAAAGUCACACCGGAAGAUAAAGUAUCUUCAUAUUAUCAACAAAAAUUGAAGAAUCUCUAUAGUGCAGCGGUUACGGACGCUCAACAAGAAGAAGAAAUUUUGCGAAAAGCCUUGGGUAAAAUUAAUGAAAUUCGUGGGAUAAGGAACGAGAGGCGUAUACAGGCAAGGAACGCUGGUAACAAAGAAACGAUCAGACGUGGUGCAUUAAUGAAGAUGCUGUUAAGUACAGCACAGACGCUUCCUCUUUACGUUGGUAAAGCGCCAGGAGCAAAAGCACCUCCAUUGUGCGGUGCUGUUCCAGCUGAGCCCACCUAUAUCGCGAAAAUGGGAGACAUGGUAGCUGCAUUGGUAAAAGGAUCGGAGGAAGAAGAAAACUGGAUCCUCGCGGAAGUCGUACAAUUCAAUCAAGCAACAAAUAAAUAUGAGGUAGACGAUAUCGAUGAAGAACAGAAAGACCGUCACACCCUUUCACGUAGACGAGUGGUACCUCUACCAUUGAUGAGAGCAAAUCCGGAGACCGAUCCUCACGCUUUGUUCGCGAAAGGUUCCGUCGUCAUGGCUCUCUACCCACAGACAACAUGCUUCUACAAAGCUGUCGUUAAUCAUUUACCUACCACGGCUACGGAAGAAUACGAAGUGCUUUUCGAGGACGCUACUUAUUGCGAUGGUUUUUCACCUCCUUUAAAUGUUGCACAACGUUACGUUAUAUCUAUAAAGGAAAGUAAAAAAAACAAGAGCCAAUGUUAAGUCAGUAUUAUUUUGUAUGUAGAAUAUUCUAUGUAUUUU